AUGCCUUGUCAGUUAAUUCGCCACCCUCGCACGGAUCGUGCACGCAGUCUGUCGCCAAUGCUGGGGAAGCGCCCGGCGAUGUACGGGGGCGGCGGCGACGGGGGCUGCGGCGGCGACGAGGUGACCGGCGGAGGCGCGAACGAGGAGGAGACGUCGGACGACGGGUCGCAGCUGGGCGGCGAGAAGAAGCGGCGGCUGAACGUGGAGCAGGUGCGGACGCUGGAGAAGAACUUCGAGGUGGCCAACAAGCUGGAGCCGGAGCGCAAGAUGCAGCUGGCCCGCGCGCUGGGGCUGCAGCCGCGGCAGGUGGCCAUCUGGUUCCAGAACCGCCGCGCCCGGUGGAAGACAAAGCAGCUGGAGAAGGACUACGACGUGCUCAAGCGCCAGUUCGACGCCGUCAAGGCCGAGAACGACGCCCUCCUCUCCCACAACAAGAAGCUCCAGUCCGAGAUACUGGGACUGAAGGGAUGCAGGGAGGCGGCGUCGGAGCUGAUCAACCUCAACAAGGAGACGGAGGCGUCCUGCAGCAACCGCAGCGAGAACAGCUCCGAGAUCAACCUCGACAUCUCGCGCACGCCGCCGUCCGACGGCCCCAUGGACGCUCCGCCCUCGCACCAGCAGGGCGGCGGGGGCGGGGGCAUGAUCCCCUUCUACCCCUCCGUCGCGCGCCCCGCGGGCGUCGACAUCGACCAUCUCCUCCACGCCUCCGUCCCCAAGAUGGAGCACCACCACGGCGGCCCCGACACGCCCAGCUUCGGCAACCUGCUGUGCGGCGUCGACGAGCCGCCGCCGUUCUGGCCGUGGGCGGAUCACCAGCAGUUCAACUGA